AUGGCUGAUGCACCUAUUUUCUUAUGUAUUAUUUGUGAAUUACAGAAAAAAUCAAAGAUAUCUUCCUCUCGGAAACUGGGAUUAAAGAUUAGAUUGUUGGCAAUCGCCGCUCAGAUGCUGCAGGAGGAGAAUGAGCAGAAGUUGAAAGAAAAAGAAACCGCACUUACAGAGAGACUUCCUCCUUUAAAUAUAUCUGGUCUAUCUUUGCAAGACCUGCAGGACCUAUGCAAAGACUUGCACCACAAGAUUGAUGUUGUGGAUGAGGAGCGGUAUGAUAUUGCCCUAAAAGUUUCCAAAAAUGACACAGAGAUUCAAAACAUGAACCUGAAGAUCACCGAGCUUCAGAGUAAGUUCAAGAAGCCGCACCUCAAGAGAGUGAAGAUCUCAGCUGAAGCCAUGCUGAGCGUUCUGCUGGGCUCAAAACAUAAAGAAUCCAUUGACUUCAAGGCAAACCUCAAAACAGUCAAGAAGGAAGAGGAAAAGAAAGAGGAGGUUACUGACUGGCGUAAAAACGUGGAGGCCAUGUCUGGCAUGGAGGGCAGGAAGAAGCUGUUUGAUGCUUCUGGCAACUAA